AUGACCGUCUCCUACACACUGAAAGUCGCCAACUCCCGUUUCGGGGGUUUCCCCAAGCUGCUUUUCCGCUGGAAAGGCAGCAUCUACAAGCUGCUGUACAAGGAGUUCAUUGUCUUCGUGGUGCUGUAUGAUGUGCUCAGCCUCAUCUAUUGGCAACUGCUGACCGAGGAGCGGAAGCAGCUCUAUACCAAAGUGGCUCAAUACUGCAACCGCUCCACAUUCAUGUCAUUUGUCCUAGGUUUUUAUGUCACCCUGAUCGUGAACCGGUGGUGGGCCCAGUACACCAGCAUCUCCCUGCCCGACCAGCUCACGUGCGUCAUCUCCAGCAAUGUCCAUGGCAAGGAUGAGAAGGGCCGGAUCCUGCGGCGCACCCUCAUCCGCUAUGCCAGCCUGUCAGCAGUCUUCAUCCUGUGCUCCGUCAGCACCAGGGUGCUCAAGCACUUCCCCACCAUGGACCAUGUGGUGGAAGCAGGCUUCAUGACACAGGAUGAGCGCAAGAAGUUCGAGAGCCUCCACUCCGACUUCAACAAGUACUGGAUUCCCUGUGUGUGGUUCACCAACCUGGUGGCCCAGGCCAGGCGGGAUGGCUGCAUCCAUGACGAUGUGGCCCUUCGCCUACUCAUGGAUAAGCUGAAUCUCUACCGGGCCAAGUGCAGCAUGUUGUUUCAUUACAACUGGAUCAGCAUCCCGCCAGUGUACAUGCAGGUGGUCACCAUGGCUGUCUACUCCUUCUUUGCAUUCUGCCUCAUUGGUUGGCAGUUCCUGGAGCCACUGGAGCCAGAGCAGGAGGGGGACCUGGACAUGUAUGUCCCUCUCUCCAUCCUCCUCCAGUUCUUCUUCUACGCUGGCUGGCUGAAGGUUGCAGAACAGAUCAUUAACCCCUUUGGAGAAGAUGACAAUGACUUUGAGACCAACACGCUGAUAGACAGGAACCUGCAGGUGUCCCUGCUCUCCAUGGAUGACAUGUACCAGAACCCGCUGCCCGCCGUGAAGGACAAAUACUGGAAUGAGUCCAUGGCUCAGCCCCCCUACACCACGGCCACAGCCCUGAGUGAGACCCUGAAGCCCUUGUUCCUUGGCUCCACCUUCAACAUGCGCAUGGGCGAGGACGCGGGGCAGAGCCAGCUAGUGGAUGCCUCACUGAGCACGCCGUGCAUCCAGACACCUCUGCUCAGCAGCUUCUUCCCUGUUGCCUCCCCCGCCAUCAGCAUGAAAAACUUCAGCCGGGGCAGCCGAGGUCACCCCCAGCCGUGGCAUCUCCAGGCAAACAGCGGCUUCCCCUCCCCUUACUCCAACUGCUCUGAGGACCCCGAGUUGGUGGCCUGCAUUGAGGAGGAGAUGGAGCAUGAGGAGAGCCGGGCCAGAGGUACCACUGAUCGGGUGAAGGCACCAUCCAGUGAGAGCAUUGGGGCUGAUCAGCCGGAGGCCGGGGAGCCCUGA